AUGGACAUCUCUGCCCUCAUCGCCAUCGUCAGGAAACAUGACAUCGAUGCCGUCCACCCAGGUUACGGCUUUCUCUCCGAGUCCGCUGAGCUCGCGAAGAGGAUGUGGAACGAGGCACGCGCGGUGGUGAUAGGACCGGGCUGGGAGGUCCUAGAAGCGACGGGGGAUAAGCUGAGAGCAAGGGAAUUGGCGGAGAAGUGUAACGUCCCCGUGUCCCCAGCCUUGCUCACACCUACCUCCUCCGCGGAAGACAUCGCCACUUUCGCCGCCCGCGUCGGAUACCCCAUUAUGGUGAAAGCCGUAGACGGCGGCGGCGGCCGUGGUAUCCGCUUGAUCCGCAAUGAGCAAGAGUUAGCAGCAUCCGUCAAGCGCGCCGUAGAAGAAAGUCCCUCGAGGAAAGUCUUCGCUGAAAAAGCAGCCGUCGACGGCUUCCGCCACGUCGAAGUCCAGAUUAUAGGCGAUGGGACGGGAAACGUAACGCACCUCUGGGAACGCGAAUGCUCGAUCCAGCGCCGGUACCAGAAGGUCGUUGAGAUGGCGCCGAGUACGCUGCGGGACAGAAGUGUGGUAGCGAGGAUAAUUGAAGAUGCCAUGCGCAUGGCGAGAAGCAUAUCCUACUUCUCCCUCGGCACCUUCGAGUUCCUGCUCAACCCCCAAACACACACCUACUAUUUCCUAGAAAUAAACCCCAGGCUGCAAGUCGAGCACACGGUCACCGAAGAACUGACUACAUCCGACAUCGUAGCGACACAACUCCUCCUCGCACAGGGGGCCUGCGCUCUCCCCCCAGCCUUAAGCCCGCUGAAUCCACCACCUGUAUAUUCUAUCCAGCUCCGCAUCACAGCCGAGAACCCCGCCGCAAACUGGACUCUCUCAAUCGGCAAGAUCUCAGCCUUCGACUUCCCCUCCGGCAACGGCGUACGUCUCGACACGCACCUCAGCCACACGCGUCCCACAGUCGUGUCAGCAGCGUACGACAGCCUUCUGGCAAAACUCAUCGUCACCGCCUCCUCGUGGGACGCCUGCGUGCGAAAAGCAAAACACGCGCUGGAUACAACGCAGAUCACAGGCGUGAAGACGAAUAUCCCUCUCCUCCGCGCUAUCGUUGCGCACGAGGACUUCCCGCGCGGGAAGUGCGACACGCAGUGGCUGCAAGGAAAUAUGUCUGCGCUUCUCGCUCGCGCUCAGAGCGUUGGAGUAUCCCCGGUUUCACGCGCAGAAGUGCAGAGUACACCGGGCAUCUCCUUAGCAGCAGCGAAUACCCUCCUCCGCAAAGGCGACGCCUGGUCUCUUACGCUUACCCCCGCCCCAAAAUCCUCAGAAAGAAGAGCGCGUAGUCAGGAAGAACAAACCCACAAGUCCCAUCUACGAAUCACGCGUGUCUUGCGCAAUGAAUUUCCUCAGGUGCUCAGCGCGGAUAUCCUCUUCUCAUCUGCUUCUCAGGGCCAAGUUCCCUACACGAUGCAUCUAUCUUCCACAACGGCCUCUGCAUCUGCGACAACGUCGUCGCAUCGGCGGGCGAAUCCGUCGGAUGCGUCGCACGUGGGCAUCCCGUUUGCGGGGAAACUGGUAGAAGUGCUCGUCGACGAAGGGGAUAGUGUGAAAGAAGGGGCCGUGCUAUGCGUAGUGCAGCAGAUGAAGAUGGAGCUAGAAGUGCGGAGUGCACGCAGCGGCGUCGUAACAUGGGUGUGCGAGGCGGAAGAAGGGGAGGAAGUGGGAGAGGGGACGUUAGCUGCGAUUGUUGUGCCUUCUGACUCGCGGUUAUAG